CCCUGCCUAUAUGCCACCGCUGACGUCCUUCUCCCUCCCUCUUUCUCUUGUCACUGUGUUUUUCGGGAGGCGGAGGAAGGAUCCAGUUUUCUUUCAUCCUCUUCGCAGAAAAAAAAUGUUAUGUUUCCGGGGAAAGACAUAUCUCUGUGUUCCGCCGCUGCUCAUCCGGGCGACUUCACAUUCACAGCAAAAGCAGUUGGAACCAAACCGAAUGAGAGGAGCUAAGGGCGGACUGGAUUGAGAGGAAGAACCGGAGACUGACUUGAAGGCUGCACAUCCGCCGCUGUCUUUAAUUCAACCGCAAUUUUCCAUUGAUUUUUUUCCCCCCAUGACUCCGUACAUCUCUUGACGUCUUGAAAUGUGGUAUCAGGCGUUUCCUACUUCUGUUUCCGUUACUAUUUCUCUGUGGGAGUCACCGCUUUGACGUUUGUCACCCAGGAAAAUCAUAUCAUUUCAACGUUAGCUAACAGGAAAACAAAAACUCCCCCUUUUUUCUCAACUCAACCCGCGGUGGUCGCACAGAGCCCACGGCUGUUUUCUCUUUUUUGACCCCCAUCAGUUGCCUCAAUGGUUGAGUUUUCUUUCCUUUCUCACCACAAGACCGAUGCAGCUGAAAGUAAACCGAUGACCACCGGGAUUGAUUUAUUAACGAACCAGCCUGUGUCCACCGAAAUGGUACGAUAGCGUCUGGGAAGGAUUGGGGGAAAGUGAGAAGCUAAGUGGGGGGUUCAGUCUGGGCUGUUUUUUUUUUUUUUCUUCAGAUGUGGCUGGGUUGGUACCAAAAACACCAGACAGACAUGAGGUGGAUGUAGUUUGUUUUUGUACGCAUUCAUUUAAGCUGGAUCACUGUCUUGGUGAUCUGUGCUGCCUUCACGGACUGUGACAAUGAGGAUUGUAUGAGAAGUGAGGCUGCUUUUCUCUGGUGUGACUGACAGCCAGGCUAAUCUGGGGUGAUUUUUUUUUUUCAACCCAGUGUGAACACAAACCUACAGCCCAUUUAUUUAUUUUCUCUUGGACGACGAAGCGCACUCAGGGACGAAAAUGUCUUUACGCACGGCACUGCCUGGAAACGAGCGGAACCCGGACCAUCAUACCUCCCUGUCGGGCAGCCGCUCAGAGAAGGGUACUGGCUGGUCGAACCGCUCGCUUGGCGCCCGAUGUCGUAACUCCAUCGCCUUGUGUUCCGAUGAGCAGCCACACAUCGGAAACUACCGGCUGCUCAAGACCAUCGGCAAGGGAAACUUUGCCAAGGUCAAGUUGGCACGACACAUACUGACCGGCAGAGAGGUUGCAAUAAAGAUCAUCGAUAAAACACAACUCAACCCAACCAGCCUACAGAAGCUGUUUCGAGAGGUACGCAUCAUGAAAACUCUCAACCAUCCCAACAUAGUGAAGCUGUUUGAGGUGAUUGAGACCGAGAAGACUCUUUACCUGAUUAUGGAGUACGCAAGCGGAGGCGAAGUGUUUGACUACCUCGUGGCUCAUGGCAGAAUGAAGGAGAAAGAGGCCAGAGCCAAGUUCAGACAGAUUGUCUCGGCAGUGCACUACUGUCAUCUGAAGAACAUCGUUCACAGAGACUUGAAGGCGGAGAACCUGCUAUUAGACGCCGACUCCAACAUCAAAAUAGCCGACUUUGGCUUCAGUAACGAGUUCACUGCGGGCAGUAAGCUGGACACGUUCUGCGGCUCCCCGCCCUAUGCCGCCCCAGAGCUCUUCCAGGGGAAGAAGUACGACGGUCCAGAGGUGGACAUCUGGAGCCUGGGUGUCAUCUUGUACACACUGGUCAGUGGGUCCUUGCCCUUUGACGGACAGAACCUAAAGGAGCUGCGGGAGCGUGUUUUGAGGGGGAAAUAUCGUGUGCCCUUCUACAUGUCUACAGACUGCGAGGGAAUCCUGCGCCGCUUCCUGGUCCUCAACCCUGCCAAGCGCUGCUCGCUGGACCAAAUAAUGAAAGAUAAGUGGAUAAAUAUCGGCUAUGACGGCGAGGAUCUGAAGCCCCACACAGAGCCUGUGGAGGACUUAAACAAUGCCAGCCGCAUUGAUGUGAUGGUUGGGAUGGGCUUCACCAGAGAUGAGAUCAGAGAUUCACUGUCUAGUCAGAAGUACAAUGAGGUCACCGCCACCUACCUGCUGCUGGGACGCAAGAAUGAGACGGAGGGCAGUGAGUCUCGGUCAGCUAGCAGUCUGAGUCUAGCUCGAGUCCGACCCGGCACCCUCACCAACGGAACCAGCAAACACCCCACAUCGUCCUCCUCCUCCUCCGCUGCAACUUCUUCUUCCUCUGGCCACAAGGCGCAGCGCAGCGCCUCCACUUACCACCGCCAGAGACGACACUCUGACUUCUGUGGUCCAGCGCUUCCAGGUUCGACAAACCCUAAGCGGAGUCCCAGUGGUGUAGGCGAAGGUCCAGGCCUGAAGGAGGAGCGGCUGUCAAGCCGCAAGCCGAGCACCAGUACCGUUGGCUCUCGUAGCAUCCCUGCCCCCUCCAGUCCCAUGGUUAGCUCUGCUCAUAACCCAAAUAAGGCAGAGAUACCUGACCGGCGCAAGGAAGUUACCGCAACCACAAAUAACGUCCCUGCCAGUGCCAUGACUCGAAGAAACACGUAUGUGUGUACAGACCGAUCCAGCACUGAUAGACACACACUGCUGCAAAAUGGCAAGGAAAACAGUUCCAUAUCCCAUCGCCUACCCCCUGCCUCCCCUUCAACCCACAGCAUCGCUGGUGCUUCUGGGACCUCCUCUGCGUCCUCCACGCCCUCCUCCCGCCUCUCCAGGGGAUCCACGGUGAGGAGCACUUUCCAUGGAGGGCAGAUCAGAGACCGUCGUCCUCCAUCCCAUGCUCCCCCAGCUUCCCCAACGCCGUCUCAUGAUGCCAGCCCGCUGCCCCACGCCAGGACCCGGGCCACGACCAACCUGCUAAGCAAACUCACCUCCAAGUUGACCCGCAGGGUCACUCUUGACCCUUCUAAACGUCAGAGCUCAAACAAGUCCAUGUCGGGCUGCACCCUCCCACAGGGGACAAAAACAGUUAGGUCACAGACGAACCUGAGAGAAUCAGCAGAUCUCCGGUCACAAGCCUCGGCUGCUUCAGCCCAGUCUCAGUCUCAGGUUCAAACCAGCAGUCGCCAUCUAUCUGGGCAUCAGAAAGCGGUCGAGCCCCGGACCCCCCGAUGCGGCUGGGAUGUGAGGGUGCGGAGCCCCCGCGACCCGGCCGAGGUGGUGCUAGCUCUGCGCGAGGCAGCGCAGGGCUGUGGCUGCCAGGUCCACCUCGCCGGGCCUUUCCUCCUGUCCUGCACCCACGGAGCAGCCGGCGCCCGCGUGGCCUUCGAGGCCGAGGUCUGCCAGCUGCCCAGCGGGCUGGGCCAGAGCAGCGGUGUGAGGUUCAAGCGCCUGUGGGGGGCACCGUUAGCCUUUAGAGACAUCGCCACCAAAGUGUCCAAGGAGCUGGAGCUCUGAGGGCGACAGGAGGCGGGGCAGAUUGAUAACAGACUGGACCGGUUGAUGAAUGAGGAGGGAUGAAGAGGAGGAGGAACAACAAGGAAGAAAGCAUCGCCUCCUCCUCUUCCUCCCCGGGCUCCACCUCAUCGGAUGUGGCUAACGAUGCCUCGCCUCCGCCAAAGACCACCAAUCAAAAGACAAACGGAUGCACAGACACGGAUAGACCGCCAUCGGCAGACUUAUGAUGACCCUUGACCAUGGAACUGUCAGUGACCUACGACCCCUGCUUGAAACACACCACCACCUCCAUAUUACGUGAGCCCAUGGAGUCCGGUUUUUUUUUUUUUUUUUUUUUCCUCUCUUUCACGAUUUCAUGUUUGAUGACAAUGAGGAUGGUGUUGCUGAGAAUGAUGGAAGAUUGAUAAUUUGUUGUCGACAUUGUUAUUCCUGUUGUAUCAUAUUUGUUGUCAUCAUUCCUUUUUAAAGAGCUGCUAUUUAAAGAAAUGUUUUAAAUUUUUUUGUGUAUUAAGUUUAUUUUCUUUCUUUAAUGCUUUUAAAAAUGGGCCGAAGUUUGACGUCUGUUUCUCUGAAGCAGACGUCACAUAUUUCAGAAGUGAGGUCGCAGUCUGACCUCCGGCCUCUAGAGGGAGACAUGCAGAAAUGCAGAGACUUGUGACAGACUGAAUGAAGCAUAGCGGCCUUUCUGCCCAUCCAUUGAUAACGCCCAUUUACAGCUCAGUUGGGAUUUUAAUCAUUUGUUUUGUACCAUUUCUGGUAAAAUGUUGCCUCUCUGCCUGUCAUCUAUACUGUAUUCUCCACUGUGUAUUUACAGAGGAGCAAAGCUGCCUAAUAAUACAGGACCCAGCUGAUAUGUUGUAUUUGGGAACCUGAUCAUUUGAGCGUAUGCUCUGCUCCUUACAUAUACUCUACUUCGCCCAGUGUUUUGUCCAAUGCUAACUUAAUUAACAAGCAAAAGUACUCUUUAAAAAAUUUAAAUGACAUAACAUUCAGUUGGUUUAAAGUGCAAAGUAGAAUUUAUUUCUACAAAAAAACUGGAUCUCCAACGGGAACAAUGAUUUGAGUUUUUAUUACACAACAAGGUGUUGUCAGCUGGCCUGUAUUUAUUUUAGUUUUUGAGUUUCUUAUCUGGAAAAAAAGCCACUUUAUAUUAUUUCUCACUCAGCAGGUUUUGUCUAUUAAGAUUAGAAAAGCAGGUCAGCCAGAGUACAUUUUUCAGAGACCGAUACGUGCUGAUUCAACUAUUAGUUAAUUAAAUAAAGUUAGUUUAACAUUUAACUAAACUAUACUUUUUUAACCAAAACAAAAUAAAAAUAGAUUUUUUUUUCCCCCAGCCCAUAUCGUAUGCUUUCACUGAGUGCCCAGACAACUGAUGAGAUUAAAUCUCUCCCACAAAUGGCUUCUUCUUUUUUUAAAAGCUCAACAAAUAAACCCUUGCAUUAAAUACUGAUACAAGUUUUUAUCUGAUUUAAAUUUAACACGGUAUGAUCCAAAGAAAUACAAAUCGUCAUCCUUUUCCUGCAAGGCCAAUGCGGACAUCGUUCAGAAACCCAAUUCAACAAGAAGCUAAAAAGCCUUUAUUGGUUGUCAAACAAUACAGAAGUUAAGCAGCCACAGAUUUGAACACCAGUAAAAGCAGUGCAUUUUUAUUUUUUCCAAGCUACUUUUUCUAAUUUGAUUUCACAUUUUUCCCAUGCACAUGAUUACAGUAGCUCAUGCUGGUUUAGAGUAAAUGGAGGAGAGGGAGGUUUUACUGGUAGCACUUAACAAUAUCACAGUCUGUCAGAACGCCACUGCCAUCCGUUCCUCUAAUGUAGUGCAAUACAGUCCCAAAGCCAAGAAUCUAGACUUGAAUAGGCAUCGGCUCAAUAGGGCCCCUCGCUUGAUUUCUUUUUUAAUUGUUGGUAUUGCUGAUAUGUUGUUAAAAUUCAUUGAGCACUUUUUUUUUGCUUUUUAGUCAGGAUUGCAUUGUACUGUACUGGCAGAGUUUUUAAUUAAUCAGUAUUUUUCUUUUGUAAAUUGUUACAAAAUCACACAUUUUAAAGCCCACUGAAGUGAAUAAUUGCCAUUGAGUGCCCUUCUUUCCUCUACUUCCCUCAGUGAAACCAGCUGGAGUGAUGGCUUCAGGUUUCCAGGUAGAAGUGCCACAAAUGUAAUAUUUAGGAAACUGAGGUAAAAAAAUUCAAAAUGGCGAACUGUCUCCAUAAAGUUUUGUCAGUUUUCUUUCGUCCAAUAGUACAUUUAUUUUGUGUUCUUAACCUCAGCAACACUUUUGAUAUAUAGAAGCUGUAGACCUUAACAUCUGUCGACCAAUCAGGCUGCAGCACUGCUGUAACGUGUACUGUUGACCAAUCAGAUUCCAGUAUUACUGUAAAAGGUGUAUGACUGUUAAUCAAUCAGAUUCCUGCCUCAUUAAGCCACUAUAUAAUUUCAAAGCAUGCAACGCUUCAAGAUGGGACCUCGAAUGUUGGAGAAAUUUGAUUUUCUUUUAUAAAAACACGUUGCUGCUCUUUACAGAACAAAACUACCAGAGUGCUCCAUUGAUCAUAUAUUGACACUGAAGACUCCAAAAUCAAAAGGUUAUUGUACUUGUACUGUAAUUUUAUGAAGCCAAGCAGUUAUAAUUUGUACUUUAGAAGUAUGCAGCAUUUAACAAAACGCGGAUAUGUAAAAGGAAAAGUUGGAUGAGAUACAGCAGAUAUUUGAUCUUCACGCUGUAAGGUCUGCAGGAAUGUAUCUGUUUAAUGGGAGAUUUUAGCUGCAGCUGGUAUCCAUCACUGUCUGAAAAUGUGAAGCUGUGAUUUAGGGCUAGUUUUUGCAUUUGUUUUUGUUGUGUACAACUGGGCCUCACUCUCAGAACCUGUUCUGUAGAAACAGUUAGAGCCAUGCUUGAAGGCUACAGUUCUGUUGUAUAGUGUGUUUGAAGCUGUCGCUGUUGUCCAGAAAACUUAACUUAUGGGCUGAAAUUAUGGAAAUGAUCGACCUGCAAUCCUGCAUGUCUCCUAGGAAAUAAUGUGUGACACAAAAAUAAAGACUUUCAACCUCGUA